CGGUUGAGAACGUGUUGUCCACAGGGAGCCAAUUUUCUCCUCAUUUUCUUUCGGUCUUUUUAGGGGAAAAAGAAAAGAAAAUCGUUGGGAGAGAAAAAAAAAAAAAAAACCAACUCAAAAAGAAGACGACGAUGAUCUCAUCGGCAACAUCUCCGUCUUGUUCCUCUCUCCUCUCCACGAUCCAAAGCGGCGAUCUCAGCUCUCGCGAACUCUGCUCCUUCUCUCCUCCUAGAAAAGCUCAAUCCUUCAGGAGGAGGCUCUCUGUUAAGGCAUCUAGAGUCGAUAAAUUCUCGAAGAACGACAUCAUUGUCUCGCCCUCUAUCCUUUCAGCGAACUUCGCCAAGCUCGGUGAGCAGGUGAAAGCAGUUGAAGUUGCAGGAUGUGACUGGAUUCAUGUUGAUGUGAUGGAUGGGCGUUUUGUGCCAAAUAUCACCAUAGGACCUCUCGUGGUCGAUGCCUUGCGCCCAGUAACUGAACUGCCAUUGGACGUGCAUUUGAUGAUUGUAGAACCUGAACAGCGAGUUCCAGACUUUAUCAAGGCAGGUGCAGAUAUUGUCAGUGUUCACUGCGAGCAAUCUGCCACUAUCCAUCUGCAUCGAACAAUCGAUCAGAUAAAAAGUUUGGGAGCAAAAGCUGGAGUCGUCUUAAAUCCUGGAACCCAGUUAUCAGCUAUAGAAUAUGUGCUUGAUGUGGUGGAUUUGGUCCUGAUUAUGUCAGUUAACCCUGGUUUUGGUGGUCAGAGCUUCAUUGAGAGUCAAGUUAAGAAAACAGCAGAGUUGAGAAGAUUAUGUGCCGAAAAGGGGGUAAAUCCAUGGAUUGAGGUAGAUGGAGGAGUUGGUCCCUCAAAUGCAUAUAAGGUUAUUGAAGCUGGAGCAAAUGCCCUUGUUGCUGGUUCUGCUGUCUUCGGGGCUAAAGACUAUGCAGAAGCGAUAAAAGGCAUAAAGACAAGUAAAAGGCCUGAACCAGUGCCAGCAUAACUGUUGCGACGAUUCCAUGAACGUGAUCGCGGAGAUCCUAUCUCUUAAUUCUGCUGCAGCGCAAGUUAGAUUUGCGUACUUGUGAAGUACUGUGAAAUAUUUGUUGACUGACUUAAUGUUCGCAUAACCCAUAUUUAACAUAGUUACAGCUUCAUGCAGUCAUAAUGCAAAUUAUAAAGAGGAAGAUGAUGUUUAUGAAUGACAUAGGCUCUUGUUUGCAGAUAACAAGGUUGAAAAGACCCCAAGAACAAUAUACCUGGAGGCCUUGAAACCUGCCAAGGGACCUAUUGUAUCAGGGGUUCUCUAUAUUUUGUGAAUUAUUACAUGAGCUACGGAGAGGAAAUUGUGCAAAUAAUAGAUUAUUUAGAACCGAACCAAAGUAAAAGCUGGUGGUUGAUGGAAUGUAUGCUUUCCUUUGUUGCUCUAUAUCAAAUAAUGCUUGUAAAUCAAAAGGAAUCUAUUGGUUGAGCUAUCACUGAUGGGCUUAUGUCAUGAAUGUUUGUUAGUA